AGUGAACAGUGAUGAUUAAAACAAGGACUGACUCAGGUACUUACAAAAGUCGUGGUUUUCCUAGAAAAAAACUGUUUUCAGCUCCUAAAUAUAUUAUUGUCGUAGAAGGGGAUGAAGCCGGUGGAAGAGGUGUGUCACUGUAUGGUACGGUGGAUUGGUCGGGUAACUCUUGAGCAAAAUCAGCUACUUCAGGAUUAGCUAUCUCCGUUUCUCGUCUUUAGAACAAAAGAGUCUUUAGAACAAGAAAAGAGUGAUGAAUUACAGCGAGUUACAGUUCUGGAUCUAUGAAAGAUUAACAAAAUGAUUAUGUUUCACCGUCACCGCCUCUCUGCGAUAUCCUCUGCACUGCUAUGGUAUCGGUACUGCAGUUCGCUGGAGACCGUCUUUUCUGUGGCCGGGGGACAAGAAGAUGGUGCAAAAGAUGUCGUUCCUGAUGAAGCUGCGACGACCUCUGUUCUUGAACCGGUGGAAGGCGAUACAGGAGAAGAUCAAGCAGAUAAAAAUAGCAGAUUUAAAUCCUCAUCCUCCACUACUAGUACUAGGACGGCUACGACGUCUAUCCCUGACGAAAGUUCAGGACCCACUGUUGAGCGUUUUAUCGUGAGACCGAGAGGGGGACGUCGGAAAAGGGCAUCGAUUCGUGCAAUUGACACUUCGCGUUCCCGCUCAGCAGUGGGUGGUGGGAGACCGAAUCCAGAAGUAUUACCUCCUUCUCCUGAGGUGGAGGUAGGAGUCCAACAACAGAAAGGUGAUCAAAAGCGUAACGAGGAAGAAACCAGUACGUCUCGCCGUCAACCUUCCACUUCUGCUCAGCUGCAACAAGCAGAACAACGAAAGAUACAAAAAGUCGACAAGCAAAAACGAAAAAGAUUUGGCACACCAGAGGAAGAUUUUGGAACUAAAUUAGAGCGUUUGGGUCGACGCGUUGCUCUCUUGGCCUUAAUGGGCAACGCUUUGGCCGGUAGACAAGGCCAUGGAACUGGGCAACGGGCUAUUCCAUCUCCAACAUCCACGUCGACGUCAGGAAGCUUGUCCACUUCCUCUUUGAACAGUCUACGUGCCUAUCGACGACGGCCAGUGGCGGCUCGUGCAAUGGCAAGUCGCGAUGGAUAUCCGCAUCAUCAGAGUGCUCCUCCUGGUAGUUUUUUGAAAGGAGCUAAUUUCUUGUAGUCACGUGAUGUAAGAAUUGGUGGCGAGGUCCCCAUUAAGGUCUAUGAAAUGACUCGUGGCCCUACUUCUAUGCCAAGGAAAUCUUUGGCACGAUCGUGUGUAAUCAAAUCUAGUAGACCCUUGUACAUUAAUAACUUAGCUUUUAGUGUCAGACACUAGUAUAGUACUUGUACUUGUUGUGAAUAACAGAGCGUUAUGCUCGUCUCUUCGACGCACAUGAACAUGAGAUCUUGUAGAAUUAUGCGUCCGCUAAAAUGCAAACGUUGAUUAAAACUAUUCCUAAGCAGUUUCUUACUCGGGAAU